AUGCCUACUCAGGGUAAUAGAAAACGUAAUCCUACCAUCGACUCUUUGCACAAGUUGAAGAGUCUCCACCGCCGUUCUUCUCUCGACAUUUCACACUCUGAAUUGGUCAGCCGUGUUUUCAAUUGUCGAUCUUGUUGUUUUUAGGUACAAGAGGAAUGUAAGGCCUUCGAGUUGAGCGAUGAUACGCUUCGAACUAUUAUGGAUCUUAUGGACAAGAGCUUUGAUGAAGGAUUACAUCCAGAUACAGGUCUGAUUGUCGCUCUUUCUUAGAAAAACUAUUUUUAGCUGCUGAAGCGGCCGUAAAGAUGUUGCCGUCAUUCGUUCGCGCGGUGCCAAAUGGAACAGAGUCCGGAGAUUUCUUGGCCUUGGAUCUGGGUGGAACAAAUUUCAGAGUUCUUCUUAUUCGUUUGGAAGGAAGUCAGUCCGAGAUGACUAGCAAGAUUUUUCGUGUUCCAGAGCAUAUUAUGAAAGGCACAGGAGAAGCCGUAAGUAUUAGUUUAUCAAUAAAUUUCUAUGAUGCAUGUUAUGAGUAACACUGCGAUUAUGACCCACUGUUUAAAAUGGUCGGUUAAUUGAAGCGAUAAGCGCUAGCUACGGAGUGUUUGGAUAAAAAUCUUAUUAACGGCUUCCCACAAUGUCGAAUUAGUAAAACGUCAUCCAAAUGGCUUGUCAUUGUCAGCCAAAUCUUCAAAAUCGCUCAAAAAGUCUAACCCAGGGGUUUUGCUUGCCAUUCGGUCCUUUGGGAUAUGAACCCAACUUCCUGGCUUACCGGACAACCCUCUUCUAGACCUAUAGUCGUUUAAACCUUUUGUUAGCCGGCCUUGAAUUAACCAAUUGUUUCAAACAGUGAGUCAUAAUCACAGCAUAAACUUAUAGUUAUUCGACCACAUUGCUGAUUGCUUGGCCAGAUUUAUGGAGGAACACAACCUGAAGGAUGCUGUUAAACUUCCUCUUGGAUUCACCUUUUCAUUUCCAUGUAGACAAGAAGGCCUUACCUGUGCAAAGUUGGUCACCUGGACUAAGGGGUUUAAGGCUUCUGGGGUUAUUGGACAGGAUGUUGUUCAGAUGUUACGAGAAGCUUGUAUUCGAAGAGGAGUAAGUUUCUGCCAAAAGAGGUUUUGAUUUUAUAGGAUAUCGACAUUGAUGUUGUAGCCGUCUUAAACGACACAACCGGUACGAUGAUGGCUUGUGCUUUCAAGGAGAACACCUGCAAUGUUGGUAUUAUUUGCGGUACCGGUUCGAAUGCUUGUUAUAUGGAAAAGAUUUCCCGGAUUAAGAAGUUGGACGGGCUUCUAAACCCACAGGAAGACGGCCUGCCGGACGAAGUAAGCAUUACAUUGGUUUUAUCUUGAAAUGUCUUGUCCAAAAAAUUUGUUUUCCUAUUAUCUUUUAAUUUUUAACAACUUACGAAAACAAGCUUCCGGGGUAGGUAGGGCGGACAUUUUGAAAAUCGUUGUCUCAGAAUAGCAAGAAAAUUGGCCAACUUGAUCAUCAUGACAGAUAAAACGUUGUUAAAAAGAUUUUUUUUUUGAAUUUUUUAUAGGAAUAGUGGAUUUAGAGGUUUUCGAAGGUGCUGAUUUCGAAAAUAAUGUUCAUUUUUUUCUGAUUGUUACUUUUUUCUUAAGUAGUACUGUUAAAAAGUUAUUUUUUGAAAUAAUUCUGAAAUACUUAGGAGUAUUUUUAACACUUACAAGGGAAGUACCCCAAGUGCGACGCUCAGACUUUUUUUACAAGGAAAGUACUUUUAUGGGGGCUCCUAGUUUUUCACCCAUAAAAACCUAAAAUGGGCAGCUGGGAUUUUUAUAUCCUUGAUCAGCACAUUUUUUCUGAUUUUUUGAGAUAUGUCCCGUCAAAAAGUAGGAGCCCCCAUAAAAGUACUUUCCUUGUUAAAUUUUGCACACACGUCCGUCAUGAACUAACAGGGGAAGUACACCAUGUGCGACGCUCAGAUUUUGAUGAAACUUGGCACAAAUUUAGAAUAAUUUUUUCUAAAAUAUAUGCGAGAAUUCUAGCUCGCGCUAAUUGAUUUUUAGUCCAUAACUGACGUGUGUGCAAAAUUUAAAGAAAAUCUGAGCGUCGCACUUGGAGUACUUCCCCUGUAAGUAUCAAUUCCUGAAAGUUUUAGCUCGCGCUUUGCAGGAGCCGCUGAGAUAUUGAACGAUUUUUUGCCGCCUAGAGAGUACGAUAAAAGCGGAGAGCGGUCAGAGAAAAAACACUUUUUCAUCAUAACUUUGCUAGUUUCGCACAGAAAAAAUUGAUUUUUUGUGGAAACAUUACCCUCUAUGGUAGAAAUAGGCACGAAACUUUUCGUGCCGAAAUUCGGCAAAAAGUGUCAAAUUUUCGCCUACUUUCGGUCUAAAAAUCUCGGAUGUUUUUGCAAAGCGCGAGCUUGAAUUGUCGCAUAUAUUUUAGAAAAAAAUUAUUCUAAAUUUGUGCCAAGUUUCAUCAAAAUCUGAGCGUCGCACUUGGGGUACUUCCCUUGUUAGUACUAUUUAGAUAUUUAUGUUAUAUUACAUAUUAUGCUGCUCUAAACCUUUUCCCCAACUUUGCGGAUUUUCAAAAUUUCCAUGUCUGUGCCCUCCGGGUUUCACCCCUUAGGAGUGCAUUUGCUUUGGGUUUUUUGAUUCCAAACUGUUCUAAACAAAAUUCUAAACCUUAUGAACCUAGGUUUGCCACAACUGUCUUCCACCGUUCACAAGAUGCGACUGAUUUUCGGCAUUGAGAUCUUUUGUUGUUCACGACGAAGAUGGCGAGAUUUUUUUACUCCCCACAUAUUUGAUAUUAAACAAAAUGGGGAUGUCUGAGGAUUCAGGGAAAGAAAAAACCUUAACAUUUGGCCCAAAAUUAAAGAAGUUAUAGCCAAUUCAAACCGGGCCACAAAAUUGAUACACCGUGUAUUUCAUCUCUUACUCAGUUAUGAAGAGCUUAAGAAAAUUUGUUUUGGCGGAUCUUUUUGGACAUCGUGUUUCAAUCCGACGUUAAAUUCUGUGAAAUUGGCAUAACUUGGCAAGACACGUGACUGGCGCGUUAAAUUGGCUUAAAAGUCUUGUAAUUACUCUAUUUUCCAGAUGUGUGUCAAUACAGAAUGGGGAGGAUUUGGAGAUGAUGGAAAAAUGGAAUUCAUUAGAACCAGGUAUGACAAAACACUAGACAGCAUGACUAUUAACCCUGGAAAACAAUUAUACGAGAAGAUGAUCUCCGGCAUGUACCUCGGAGAGUUGGUGAGAGUGGUUUUGGAAGUUUUGGCCAAGGAAGGGCAUCUCUUUAAUGGUGACGAUGAUGCCAUCUCUAUCAAAGGAUGCUUCCCUACCAAGUUUGUUUCUGAGAUAGAAGCAGAAAUGCAAUCCGACGACGAAGCUCAAUUUGUGAAGACUCAAAAUAUUCUCGAAGAGAUCGGGAUUGCCAAUGUAACCCCAACUGAUUGUGCCAAUGUGGCCUAUGUCUGUUCUGCGGUCUCCACUCGCGCUGCUCAUAUAUGUGCCGCUGGUAUCGCGGCUAUCUUGAGAAGGAUGAAGAAGCCCUAUGUAACAGUGGGUGUCGAUGGGUCUGUCUACCGUUUCCACCCGACUUUCCCCGAACUUCUGGACAAAAAGAUUGAGGAGAUUUUAAACGACGACACUCUCGAUGUAAGUACUUCUAACGGGAGGUACCCCAGGUGUGACGCUCAGGUUUUGAUGAAACUUGGCACAAAUUUAGAAAAAAGUUUUCUAAAAAAAAAAUAAAAAUCUCGCGCUCUGCAGAAACAACCGAGAUUUUUAGAUCGUAAGUCGGCGAAAAUUUUGGACUUUUUGCCGAAUUUGGUCACGAAAAGUUUUAUGCCUAUUUCUACCUUAAAGGAUAAUGUUUCCACAAAAAGUAAAUUGUUUUGCACGAAGCUAACAAAGUUAUGGCCAAAAGAUGUUUUUCUCUCUGGCCGCUCUAGUCCGCGUUUAGCGUACUCUCUCGGCGGCAAAGGUCGUCCAGUAUCUCGGUGGCGCUUGCAAAGCGGGAGCAAAAACCUUCCGGAAUUGAUAUUCAGUCCAUGCCCGACGUUUGUACAAAAUUUAAAGAAAAUCUGAGCGUCGCACUACUUCUCCUGUAAGCCAUUUAUAUUUCUUGUUUUCAGUACCAACUAAUGCUCUCUGAGGACGGAAGUGGACGAGGUGCCGCUCUGGUCGCCGCUGUGGCUACGAGAAUGUCUCAGGAAGCCGCGAAAAAGAAUUUAGUCAAGUAA